AUGAUGUCAUUGAUCGAUCUGGACGAUGAGCAGCGCUGGGUGCCCACGCACUUGAACGUGACGGUGCUCCGCGCCAGGGGACUGCGCACCAAGAGCAAGCAUGGCAGCCGCUACCUGUACACCAUCGUGCAGGUGGGAAAGGAGAGGUACACCACCGGGCUGGUGGACAAGGCCGAGGUUCCGCAGUGGGGCGAGGAGAGCUGCUUCGAGCUUCUGCCGGGAAUCCUGGAGGACGGAGCCCGCAGCGCGUUCCCCCCCGGGAGCGCAGACCUGGUUCUGACCGUCAUGCACCGCGUCCUUAUCGGCCUGGAUGUGUUCCUGGGGCAGACCAUCAUUCCCCUGGACAGGAUCUUUCAGGAGGGAACGUGUCCAAGAGAUGAGUGGUUCAAGCUGCACUCUAAGGUGGGACGUAAGGAGAAGGAGCGCGGAGAGCUCCAGGUGACCGUCCAGUUCACCCGCAACAACAUGACGGCCAGUAUGUUCGACCUGACCAUGAAGGACAAGCCGCGCUCGGCAUUCGGCAAACUCAAAGACCGGGUGACAGGGCGGAAGAGGGGAGAUCUGGAGUCCUCCUCUGCCAUCGUCCCAGGUCGUUACGCUGCCUUGUCUGCACCCACCGGACAGCCCUUCGGAGGGGACACGGCAGGGGUGGUCCGGGAGGCCGAGGUGCCAGAGGAGAAGAGGAGCAAGAUGAAGGAUUUCUUUAAAGGAAAGCUGCGCAAGUCUUCUGACACCAGGUCAUGCUCAUCGCUGGCCUCGGACAGCAGCAUUUCGUCUAUGGCCAGUGACAACCCUCCUCCCAGCCUGGACCUAAUGUCAGACCCCCCCAGCUCUCCCAUCUACACCAGCAAAGUCAGAGUGGAGCCUCACUAUGGAGACACAGACCUGGCCAAAAAAGUGCUCACAAGUCAGCACACUACUAAGGUGAUGACCCAUAAGCGUGCCCUAAGCGAUGAGGCUAGUCGGAUCACCCCCGCUGCGGUCCCUCGCUCUGUGGAGUCCCUCAAAGGUCAGACCAUGACCCAGUCCAAGUCCUCUCUAUGCAUCAACGGAAGCCACGUCUACGACUCCGAGCCCUCCAUCGCAAAGAUGUCAGCCGCUCUUCCAUCCAAACUUGUUCUGCUUGAAAAAUGUUCACCUCUGUCUCGCUCCUUGCAGAAUAUAACCAAAAAAAGUGAGGAAAAGAGUAUGUUUUCAGAAGGGCGGAGAUGGUCUUUUGACAAAACUAAGAAGGAAGAUGAUCAAAAGGAAGGACAGUCAUCGCCGCCAUCUCAGAAGUCGCCGGUACAAGCAGCUUCAGCCACAGCGUCACCAGAGAAAGGUAGGAAGUUUCGCAAGACGCUGUUCUCUUCGGGGCGGAGCGACUCCCUGCCCUCCAAAUCGGACUCACCCCAGGCAACGCCCACCUCUGAGGGACGCCUCCGAGGCUGGUUUGGAUCCAGUGACUCCCAAAACAAGCCAAGGCUGGAAGUUUCUCCUAAGGUAGAAAGCAGCUCAGACGUACCCCCUCCCCCACCUGCUCGCUCCCCCGUGCCCCCCCCACUGCCGUUGUCCCCGUUAGAAGGAACCCACACCAACCCCUUCACCACACCUCCAUCCUCCUCUCCCUCUACCACACCGCUCUCUCCGUCCAAUCCGUUUUUCCCACACCUGCAGCGAAACCCAUUCUUUGAAGAGCUAAUAGACAUCCAAAGUCCCCCGUUCACUCCUUCUUCCCUUUCCGACACCUCUCCUUUUCAUUACACCACUGUACCCUCCCAAGUCUAUGCAUCUAGCUCCAGUAACGAAGCUGCGAUCAUAGCCUCCAUAAAGCGCGACCGUCCAAAACCAGUACCUAGGCAGACAUCGCUCCCUGUGCUCCCAAAAACCUCUUACCCCUACGUCCCCUCUGGUCCUCGCUCCAUGUCAGAGAGUGCAGAAGAAUGGGAGGAAUCUUUUGAUGUCUUUGCCUCAAUUAGACUCAGCUCACCUAAAAGGAAUUCUCAAACUCAGUCAACAUCAAGCAAUAGAUGUGAAAACGGAAAAAUCCCUCCACCUUUGCCACCAAGAAGACUUCUUAAGACGCCAGUCAACGAGAUCUUCUCUGAUGGCUGGUUGCAUCGUGGUCAAGAACUAGCGGUGCACAAAGAGGCGUAUUUACUAUCGCAGACUGGAGCGGCUUCUCCUUCAGGCACGGGGCCCACACCUACAGGCCUCACCUCCUGCACCUCUGAGCCGCCCCUGGUUGAUGCACACCACUCACUUAUGCCUGAGGAGACACAGCCUAGCAGCCAGUCCCAUCCACUCAGCAGAACUCACCCAGUGAAGCCAUUAACCUCCACUCAGUCUGAGAAGAAAGAAGGUCGCUCGGUGCUGGAGAUGCUGAAGUCCACCAUCAGUCCUGGAAGAGUGGCUCAACAGGCCUCUGCUGAAGCCGAGAAGGCUCCGGUGGCGGUGGACGUGUCUCAGUACCAGGACAUGACCCACAUGGAGCUGAUCUCUCUGUUGCUGCAGCAGGAGAUGGACAUGCAGAAGCAGCAGGCGGCCUCCGAGCUCCAGGCCACUCAGCUGCACAAGUGUGAGGCCGAUCUGCGGAAGGUCAAAGCACAGGUCCGAGAUCUGGAAGACUACAUUGACAAUCUGCUGCUGAGGAUCAUGGAGCAGACGCCCAUUCUGCUGCAAGUGCGCACCAGGCACAAGUGA